AUGCACGUUUGUGUACGGCUGAUGCAAUGGAUAGAACCAAAUGGAAGACAAGAAGCAGAAAAGCGGACCCUGCAACAACGCGACUGUGGCGAUGCUAAUGAAAAGAAAGUAGGAACUGUUAGAAACAAAUAUAACAGCCUGGUGGAGGAGCUUGGAUCAAGGUCGUCAAGAUGCGCUUUUGCACGAUUGCGGGGUCGCAGAGGACUAAAACUCUGGGUCGUAAGUUCUCACGCACUUACAGAGACCGCAAAGGAAAACAACAAGGACUCAUUUUAUUAUGAACUCAAUACGUUGAUAUUCAAGAUACCAAGCCAGCAGGCGGUAAUUGUCGGAAUUGAUGCGAAUGCAAGAAUGGGACCUGAACAACAAAAGUAUGUGCUUAGGAAAUGGUUCUACCCCAAUGAGCAGACAUCGGACAACGGAAGUCGUUUGGUAGACCUUUGCAAGCAGACGAAUCUCAUCAUUGCAUCCACGUUCAACAGGAAUCAUCGACGCCAUCACCUUAAGUGA